GGAGGACGACGACGACGAGGAAGACGAGGAAGAAGAGGAGGGGGUGAAGAUGGCGGACUUCCUGCCGUCGCGCUCGGUGCUGGCCGUGUGCUUCCCCGGCUGCCUGCUGACCAGCGGCGAGGCCGAGCAGCAGCGCAAGUCCAAGGAGAUCGACAAGUGCCUGUCGCGGGAGAAGACCUACGUCAAGAGGCUCGUCAAGAUCCUGCUGCUCGGCGCCGGCGAGAGCGGCAAGUCCACCUUCCUCAAGCAGAUGCGGAUCAUCCACGGCCACGACUUCGACCAGCGGGCCCGGGAGGAGUUCCGCGCCACCAUCUACAGCAACGUCAUCAAAGGUGUGAGAGUGCUCGUAGAUGCCCGAGAGAAACUUCAUAUCCCUUGGGGAGAUCACUCCAACCAGCUCAAUGGGGACAAAGUGAUGGCUUUCGACACUCGGGCGGCUAAGGUGGUCCAUGGAAUGGUGGAGACUCAUGUUUUCCUCGAGUACCUUCCGGCUAUCCGAGCGCUGUGGGCGGAUAGUGGGAUCCAGCACGCCUACGAUCGCCGCAGAGAAUUCCAGCUGGGCGAAUCAGUGAAGUAUUUCCUGGACAACUUGGAUAAACUUGGAGAAUCGGAGUACAUUCCAUCCCAACAAGAUAUUCUGCUGGCCCGAAGACCCACCAAAGGGAUCCACGAGUACGACUUCGAAAUCAAGAAUGUUCCUUUCAAGAUGGUUGACGUGGGCGGUCAGAGAUCGGAAAGGAAACGGUGGUUUGAGUGCUUUGACAGCGUCACCUCGAUACUUUUCCUCGUCUCUUCAAGUGAGUUCGACCAGGUGCUCAUGGAGGAUCGACAGACCAAUCGCCUCACAGAAUCGCUGAACAUUUUUGAGACAAUCGUCAACAACCGGGUUUUCAGCAACGUCUCCAUAAUUCUCUUUUUGAACAAGACGGACUUGCUUGAGGAGAAAGUACGAAUCGUCAGCAUCAAAAACUAUUUCCCUGAAUACGUAGGGGACCCCCACUGCCUAACAGACGUCCAGAAAUUCCUGGUGGAGUGUUUCCGGAAUAAACGCCGGGACCAGCAGCAGAAGCCCCUCUACCACCACUUCACCACUGCUAUUAACACGGAAAAUAUCCGACUGGUUUUCCGCGACGUGAAGGACACCAUCCUUCACGACAACCUCAAACAGCUUAUGCUCCAGUGAUGUGCAAGAGACGAUUCCCCCACACCCACGAGUUCUUUUGUGUUUCCGAUUUUUGUUUUUUUUUCCCCGAAUAGCAGUUUACAACCGAAGGUGGAAACCAUAAUCCUUCUGUUUCGACUUCUUAGAAAACUUUGGGGCCCGCUCUGGGUUUAUGGGUCAAGGCUGCAGAAUUAACACCUUAUUGCCAAUUAAUUCAGGCUUUAAUCCUUUCCACCGUAGCUUCAAGCUGAGUCAAGUUGUAACUUUUCUAGCAGACCUCAGGUGAGGUGUAUUUCAGGCUUUAAUCCCUCCCACUUUUCCCAUAGUAGUUGUUAACUUAUAGGUAAGCGGUUAAGAGUUCUGAAACAUGUUUCCUCAUGUGAUAGGGGUGACUUUAUCAUCCUUUGGCUACCCAAGGGCUGUAGAAAAAAAGUUGGACCCGAGGGAUCCAAACUCAUUGGCCUACCACUGCUUUGGCCUUAAUUCUUUUUAAGCAGAUAUCAAACUUUCUGUUGUCGUGGUUGGCCUUUAUUAUUAAUUAUUCUGGGGGGUUGGGUUGUGGGAAAAAAGUACGUCUUCUAAAAUGAAGUUCUUUAUUUUAAAGUUUACAUACGCAUUUCUGGUUUGAAACGAUAGAAGAGCGUGCACACGUGGCACAAAGGAAACCAAGAUAUGUGCAGAUGCCACAUAGUACUUUAAUGAGUAAAUCAUGAGAUGUAGUUAAACCAUCUAAAUUUUCCUUAUUUAAUGAUGUAUUUAACAUUAACAAUGUACCUGUCUUGUGCUGAACAUUCUGGCAAUAUCAGUGAAACAGAGCUGGAACUUGCUGACCGAAUAAAUGAAUGUGGCCUUUUUA